AUGGCACUUGACUCCAAAUCUUCAGAGGUGUCCGACGAGGCUAGGGGCUCGACUUCUCUCGAUCGCCAGCAAUCGGUCCAACAUUCUAUCGGCCCCUUAGCCAACGGAAAUCCUAGGUUACCAACUACCAGUAAGCCAACGACAACCGACGAUUUGAGCUCUGGAAUUGCUUUGAAUUAUAACCUCGACGAGCCCCCGCCGGCAUACGAAGCAGUUACAGCCUCGCCAUUUGGGACCUUGUCACCCCAACCCUCGUCAUCGCAAGACAGUGGCUCUUCUUCCACGAUCCAGAUCCCCAUUGAUUCAAGAGUUCUCCCCGAUACCGUGACAGCUGAACGAAACCAGCCACACGAAAUUGGUACCAAUUCUAUCGCCCAAGAAAAUGACGAUACUCAAACCCACAACGUAAAUCUAGAAACGACGCAUACACCCUUAUCUACGGACCCGCUUUCGUGUUUCCAGCGAAGCGCCCCCGACAUUUCCGAGCUUAUCACUUAUGAAAAGCUUCAGAGUCCGCUCGUGAUCCAGGGUGGACCGAGCAAACACAAAUUACCUGAUUUAUUCUCAGUCGAGGGGGUACCUGCGCUUUUCAAACAUGACGUACAUGUGUCAGACUGGCGAUGCUUCGUUCAUGACCUAAUAACUUGCACCCGAUAUUCUACCGGGCAGCGGGCUGUUGCUAACGCUUUCCCGACCGUGAGGAACCUUGGGCCACCUGGAACACUUAUCUGCUUUGCCACAGAACAAAGUAUGCGGAAGGGGAGGUUAUCGAACUCACUUGCAUUGCUGGAUACAUGGAACACGCGAUUUUUUAAGCCUAGAAGGCUGGAAGUCAUCCUUUGCAAGGGCGAUAAAUGCAAAUCAGGUCGACGAGUUAACUUUUUGGCUCCAGAUAGGAUGAAUACCCCAAUUAGUAGCUCCUUGAAGAAGGGCGAUAAGGAAGUUGGGUCCGACUACCGUUUAGUGGUUAUUUCAAUCUAG